AGAGCAAAGAUGGCGGGCGGUCACCGCUUGUUUACACUCGACACUUGGAAAAAUUGGGCGAAAUCGGGCAAAGCAGAAGUCAUCCAAACAAUCAAGCAACUAUUAAAAGAAGACUCAGAUAACCCUGGCUUAUCCCAACCAAGUGUUUGCAAAGACCUGUCCAGAGGACUGUAUGAGAUAUUGUCAGCUGUAUUAAGAGGCAACUUGACACGUGAACAUGUGCGACCACUUCUUGCAGAAAUGCUUAACUGGCACCCGGAUCUGGCAUCACAGCUGGUGGAGGUGGCUACCCUUCUUGACUUGGAAGCUUCCACCAUUGACCGCCUCAGCAGAAAUCGUGAGCAGCUGAUGAUGCUGCUCAAAUCCUUAGACAUUGAUAAAAUGAUGAAGGAGAGGUUGGAGAUUGAAACCCUCGGAGAUUAUGGCAUAGUGAAAAACAAGAAAAAUUUCCACACAAAGCAAAUAAAAGUGAAGACUAAGUUAUUCUACAAACAACAGAAAUUCAACCUAUUACGAGAAGAAACAGAAGGUUAUGCUAAGCUUGUGACAGAGCUCAAUCAAGAGAUAACAGAGAGGGUUACACCUCAGUCAAUCAUCCAAGUUAUUCGUAGUCUUAUUGGUGGUUUCAACUUGGACCCCAAUCGUGUCUUAGACCUUAUCUUGGAGUCCUUGGAGGCUCGGCCAUCCCAGCACCAGUUCUACACAGGACUCCUCAAUCAGUAUCCCUGUGAGUCAGCCACCAUCAGUGAACUCUUGGGCUUCAAGCUCAACAAUUACGCCUCGAAUGGGAAGGACACCAAAGGGAUCUACACCACCAUAGCACUCCUCAUCCAGGCCAACAUCCUGCAGCUUUCCGAUAUCUACUCAUGGCUGACCCCAGAGGACUCCUCCAUGAUUGAGUGCCACCUGAAGGAGGAGAGUGAGGCAAAGGAGAUUGUCAGAAAGCUCAAUGUCAUAUCUACCAAAGACAAGGAUAAAGACAAGGAAAAGGAACAAGAGCGACAAGAAGAGGAGGGUCUCAAGGAGGACUUCAAAAAUCAGGAGGUGUAUCUGUCCAAUCAAAAGAUCCAGUUGUGCAUUGCUCUCAUUGAGGUUGGAGCUUGGGAGCAUUUUGUAGAAAUUUCAUCUCGUUUCCCUGACUAUUAUUUGAUGUCUUUUCCUCCUGUGAGUCAAGCACUUUGUCAGCUAGUUCAUGCCACCAUUGAACCCAUCUACAGAGAGGUGUGUAAUUUACCAAGUCGACUCAAGGCCUCUCGCGUGAAGCCACUAGACAACCCUCUUGCCCCACAACCAGCCAGGAAGUUCAGUGAUGUCUGCUCCACAGUGUUCCCCAUGCUGCUUGUGCUUGGGCCACACCUGUACCAUGACCCAGGGCUCAUGUGCAAGGUUCUGAGGGUGGCUCGUGUUGCUCUCAAGGAGACACCAGUAGGGGAAGAUGGUGAGCGGUCCAAUUUCUACUUUGAGUUUUUGAGUGUUUUGGAUGAAGUUCUCCUUCCGUCGCUCUCCAUGCUAGACUCCAACCCAUGCCUGGCAGAGGAGAUUUGGGAAACACUCAAGAUAUAUCCCUAUCAGCACAGAUAUAGGUUGUAUGGCCGAUGGAAGAAUGAGUCCUUCACACAACAUCCCAUGUUGAUGAGGCGUCGGGCUUGGCUGCUCAAGAAGGCUAAGUUCAUCAUGAUGCGCAUCACAAAAGAAACCAUCAAGCCUGUAAGCCGAGGCAUUGGAAAAUUGACGCAUAACAACCCUGGCCCCAUAUUCCAUUAUAUCCUGAUUCAAGUUCAGUUGUAUGACAACCUAAUUGGCCCUGUGGUAGACAGCUUUAAGUACCUGACCUCUCUCUCCUAUGAUAUGCUUGGAUACUGCAUUGUGGAAAUUCUCUCAGAGAACAAGGAUAGAACAGCACAUGAAGAGAUGAUCAUCUCACCAUGGCUUCAGUCCCUGUCCAGUUUUUGCGGCACAGUGUUCAAGAAAUAUGUCACAGACCUUGGAGGCAUCUUACAGUUUGUGGCCAACCAACUCAAGUCAGAAAAAUCCAUUGAUCUCCUCAUAUUACGAGAAAUAGUGCAGAAAAUGGGUGGAACAGACACUUUAGAAGAUCUCACAGCUGAACAGCUGAGUGCUAUGUGUGGUGGAGAACUCCUUCGUCGGGAAGCAGGACAGUAUCAACAGGAGAGGAACACCAAGAGGUCUUCUCUCCGUUUGAAGGAGGCUCUCCUGGAGAAUGACCUUGCAAUACCUUUGUUGCUGCUUAUGGCACAGCAGAGGUCAUCUAUUGUGUACAAUCAGACAGAAUCACCCCAUUUAAAACUUGUAGGGAAGCUGUAUGAUCAAUGCCAGGAUACAAUGGUGCAGUUUGGCUCAUAUCUCUUCCAAGUUGUCACUAUAGAGGAGCUGAGUGAUCGGCUGCCAAGCAUUGGGUCAUUGCUCUCUGAUUACCACAUCAACGCUGAUGUUGCAUUCUUCCUCGCACGUCCUCUUUUUAUAAAUAUGUUAAAUUCCAGAUAUGAUGAAUUAAGAAGGCAAGAUCGUGGUGAGAAGAAACUGACCAUUGAACAAAAGAAAGAUCGGUAUAUUCAGGCUUGCAAUGAAGUUUUUGAACCCAUUGUUUCCAGCAUCCAGCCACACUUCAGUAUUAAGGUCUGGGAGGACAUGGAUCCCUCCUUCUUCCUCACUUUUUGGACACUCACCAUGUCUGACCUGGAGGUCCCACACCACAUGUAUGAGAAGGAGAUCAAGAAGAUUGAUGCCAAUGUUAGCCCAUCAACAAACAAGCGCAAGAAGGAGACUGACCGCCUGUUGGCCCUGAAGGAGAAGCUCCAGGAAGAGGAGAAACGUCAAAAGGAGCACGUGGACAGAGUGUAUGCCAGAUUGCAGCAGGAGAAGGAUGGAUGGUUUAUGCUUCGAGGAGCAAGAUCCCCAAAGAAUGACACUGUGACAGCUUUCCUUCAGCUCUGCUUGUUUCCGCGAUGCACGUUCACAGCACUGGAUGCUAUUUAUUGUGCCAAGUUUGUGAAAAUGCUGCACAACCUCAAGACUCCAAAUUUCUCCACCUUGAUAUGUUAUGACCGUAUGUAUUGUGAUAUCACCUAUACUGUCGCCUCUUGCACUGAGCAAGAGGCUCACCGAUAUGGCCGCUUCCUCCUGGGGACCUUAGAUACUGUCAUGCACUGGCACGCAUCACAGCAGAACUAUGAGAAGGAGUGUGCAAACUACCCUGGAUUUGUCACCAAAUACCGAGUCUCACGCCAGGAAGCCAAUGAUUACGUGGAUUAUGAGAACUACCGUCAUGUUGUCCACAAGUGGCACUACAAGAUCACUAAAGCCUUGGUAACCUGCCUAGAGAGUGGGGACUACAUCCAGAUACGCAACGCCAUCCUUAUCCUGCAGGGCAUCUUGCAACGCUUCCCUGUCAUUUCAAACCUCGCUGCAGUCAUUGAAAAGAGGAUUGAGAAGGUGAAAAACGAGGAGAGAAAUCGGAGGAAUGACCUAUAUGUCCUGGCAAACAGCUACUCAGGGAGACUAAAAGGUGCAAAGCCCAACCUGAUGCCUGAGACAGACUUCCACAUUGUCCCAAAGAGGCCACAGGCGGCAAAGGUUGUGAACGGGGCCUCAGAGAAGUCUAGCUCGUCGGCAACAAAUGACGUCAAGAGCAGUGGGGAGGUGGGAGACCAGAAUGAAAAGAUUGUCAAGAUGGAGACUUCAGAGACUACCAAUGGAGAGCUGGAGGGCAAGGAGGACAGGGAGGCGAAGGAGAUCAAGAAAGAGUCAGCAAGUAAAGUGUCAAAGGAGAAAAAAGAAGCAAGUGAAAAGAGAAAGAGCGAAGACCGAGAGAUAAAGAAAGAGGAGAAGGAAAAGAAGGAUAAGGACAAGAAAGAGGAACGAGAAGAAAAGCCCAAGAAGAGAUCCAAAGAAUCAAAGAAAUCCAAGUAUGAUGACGAGGACUAUGCGGACCCAGAGCGAGAUGACCGGGCAUUAGUGGGGGGUGGAGCCGAGAGGGAGAGGGAGAGCAGUGUCACAUCCAACGCUUCUUCAGCCUCUAACAAGAUGGAACCUCCUGAGUCUUCAAGAGGGUCAAAGCGUCGCAAGACUGAACAUAACUCCAAGAGCCGUAAGGAGGAGGGCUCCCGGCGAGAGCACAAGCACAAGGAGCGGUCCAAGUCAAAGGAGCCGGAGGGGGAGACGCAGACCAAAGAGAGCAAGAAGGAGAAGAAGGAGAGGAAGAGGGACCGAUCCCAAGAUGAAGCGGUGGACUCUGAUUUGAAACGGAAGAAGGAUGAUAGAAUAAAAAGUAAUGGCAGGUCUGAAGACGACCACAAACACAGGCACCAAACACACAGGGCGGACAGUGAGGAGUAUCAUGACCGAUAUUCAAGUGAUCUCAGAGGAAAGGAUUACCGAGAAUAUGAAUACGAGCGAGAUUAUGAGAAGCAUCCCCCAAGCAGACACAAGCGCAAAAACUAACCCCAGUAUAGAUUUAGUUCUUCAAAUUGUGUUUAUAGGGCUCCUGUUUACAAAUGAAGUGUUUGACUCCAAGAACAUGCCUCAGUCAUUAUGAAGUCCAGACACUUAGAAUUCCUAUAGAAGUUUUUGGGUUUUGUAAUGUUCCUAUGGUCCCUUUAUAAUUGAAAGAACAAAUUGUGUUCCCAACAGAAUCAGGGCUGAUGAAUGUCUAAUUAAUUCUUUUAUCACUGUUCAAUGUUUUGUUACUUUUAUGUUUCUUCGUGCAUUUAAUGAUACAGGAAAGCAGGACACAGAAACAAAUGAGUAUAUGUAUAUGUAUGUAUAUCUAGACACAACACACUCAGAUGCUCAUACUCUCACAUACUCACACAAACACAAAAACAGAUGUGAUAACAUGCACAUAUAGAAAUACACAGAAUCACAAACACACACACAUAUAGUAUUAAUUUCAGAAGUUCUUGGUUUACAGACAACCAUGUUAAGAGGGUAAAGCGUUUUUAGGCGGUGAAUUUUUCUCUUUCUCUCUCACUCAAAAUCUACUACUGGAAAUUAAUAAACGGACCAUAAAACUUUUAAAUAAAUAUUAAUGUUACUGACCUUUUUUUUUUUCUUUCUUUCUUUCUUUUUUCAUUUUCAUUUAUAAUUAUUAUAAAUUCCCUCCCCAGUCCAUAAAUGUGUGUAUAUAUUUUUUUGGUUUCCUUUCCAAAAGUAGUCAGAUCUUUCAUCACAUUGGCAUACACUUAUUCAAGAAUAAGUUUAAAAGUUUUUAGAUUGUUAAAAGACAAUACAAGUGUUAAAAAAAAUAAAACAAAACAAAACAAAAAAAAACAGGCUUUGAGCAUAUGUGAAGAUGUCAGUGCUAAACAAAUAUUUUACCUCAUUUACUCUUCCUUCUUUUUUUCUUUUUCUUUUUUUUCCUUAUCUAUUUAUUUAUUCUUUCAUUUUUUUUAAUUGUUAGUAUGAGUAAUUGAGAUUUGCAUUGUAAUAAAUAGUCCACAAACUUCAAAUAUACAAAGCCAUUUUUUUUUUCUAAUAAUGAUAAGUAACAAGUUAAUCCAGAGUGAUGCUAAAAUUUUACCCUAAAACAGAAAUAAAAGGGGAGAAUAAAAAGAGCAAUGUACAUAGUCAUAAUUUGUGUACCUGGUCCAAAAUGGCUAACCAUUUUUAUGAUAAAGAAAUAGUUUUGAAUGGUAAGAAAUAGAAAUAAAAAAGUUCAAAAAAAAAAUAAAAAUAAAACAUUUUUGUUGUGUAUAUGAUAUGUCCAUUUUAAGGUACUGCAAGGUAUGAAAAUAGCCAGCUUACACAAUAUGUUCUAUUUUACUGGUGUUUUGGUAUUGCAACUUGUGGGAUCUCUCUCAAUCCACUGUACGUUUUGAAUGCACUGUGAGUAAUGUCAAGGUUUGAUAUGUGUGUGACGUUUUCAUACAUCCUAUAUUUUGUAUAUUGAGAGCAUUAUUUGACGAGUGAAUAGACUGUCUAGCAGGGUAAUAUGAAUUUGAUGGUUAUGUUGAAUAAGCAGAGUACAAUGUUACUGUUAGUACUUAAAUGAUAAAGCAACUGUAUUUUUUAUUUUUAUUAUUAUUUUUGUUUUUGUUUUAGAUAAAUCAGUGAAAGACUUUGUUUUGUUAUUGAUAUCAUCAUUAUUAGCUCCUUUUUUAAUAAUUCUAAAUAACAUGUCCACACAGUACUUUUUUCAUUUCCUUUGUCUUUCUUUUAUCCUUAUUGUUCUCUCUCUUUUCCUUUUGUUCUUUAACCUUAAGUGUUGGUUCUUGUCAUAUCCUGCAUCAUUGAUUUUUUCCACAAAUUUGCAAUCUUCCAGUAGUCUAUGUUGCUCAACGGACUUUCAAGAUUUAGGAUCCCAGAGAGUAAAUGCUAUUCUGCUGUACAUGGAUUGACUGUGACAUUAUUGCACAUAGAAUUGCAGUACAUAGGAAGGAACAAAAAGAAAAAGGGUAUACAAAGAAAUAGCAUAAAUCAUCUUGUUUUAGUUAGUACUGUGAAAUUAUUAAUACACACUUUACAACCAGCCUGCAAUAUGUAUUCUGUAAGGUAAAAUGUGAUUAUAAUAAUAACAUUAUUUUACUGUA